CAGAAAUGAAGCUCUAUGCCAACACCUGGCAGCUCGCUAUGGACUCGGUUACCCGGAGCAAUAACAGAAAUUCGUUGUGUCCGUAUACCUAACAACAUGAUUUUUGUUCUAUGCCAACAACAGGUCGCUUGGUUGGUGGAAAACUACGAAACAGCCGAAGGAGUUAGUCUACCGAGAUCCACACUGUACAACCAUUACAUGCGUCACUGCAACGAUCACAAACUUGAUGCGGUAAACGCGGCUAGCUUCGGAAAACUCAUUCGAUCGGUGUUCAACGGACUUAGGACGCGUCGAUUGGGAACACGUGGCAACAGCAAGUAUCAUUAUUACGGUAUUCGGAUCAAACCCGGAUCGUCGCUCAACACCGCUAUGGAUGACUCGAAACCAACUGGCGCUGGUCAAAUUACUAACAAUAACAACCAUGGCCACAAUCACAACGCAAUGAGCGGUAUGGGAAAUGGGGGAGUAGGAGGAGGUUCUUCCGGUGGAAUGCAUCAUUCAUCCACAGUCAAUCAUCGUGGAUCUAAGAAAAAUAUCAUGAAGAAUGACAUCCCGGAGGCAUGUGCGCAGUACUUGGGCGAUGCCACUGGUGCUAUUCCGACGUUCCCGAUGAUCAGCUUGAGUCAUCCGUUUCCGGAGGACAUCACACUGGACGAUGUCGAUACUCUACGCUCGAUCUACCGAGAGCACUGUGAAGCUUUUCUAGAUGCCAUUCUGAAUCUAGAUUUCAACACCAUCGAAUCUUUGUGGCGAGAAUUUUGGCGAGCCGAAAAUAACAACAACAACACUGAUGAAUGCGAGGAAGAAAAGUAUCUCAGCAAAUCGAAGCUGUAUGUGCUCACGCAGUGCGAAGCUAUCCAGAAUUUUAUCAAACAGGUUGACUUCCUGUUCUACCAAAACAUGGUGGAUGUUCUGAUCCCGGACGUAUUGCGCCCCAUACCGACCGGGCUCACUCAGGCGAUACGAAACUUUGCUAAAAAUCUAGAAAACUGGCUUUCUUCAGCAAUGAGUGGUUGCCCGGAACAGAUAGUCACAAUUAAACUUUCGGCAGUGUCAGCUUUUGGCCAAACUUUGCGACGAUACACAUCUCUCAAUCAUCUGGCACAGGCUGCACGAGCUGUCCUGCAAAACAGUACUCAGAUAGCUCAGAUGUUGAACGACCUCAACCGAGUCGACUUUCGAAAUGUACAAGAGCAGGCCUCUUGGAUCUGUCAGUGUGAUACAGCCACCGUUCAGAGACUGGAACAGGAUUUUAAAGCAGCAUUGCAACAGCAAAAUACUCUAGAGCAGUGGGCCAGCUGGCUGAGGGCCGUGGUGGAUGAUGCUCUCGAGGAAUAUCGAGGAAAAUCUUCCUUCGUUAGUGCUGCCAGACAAUUUCUGCUCAAAUGGAGCUUCUAUAGCUCGAUGGUGAUACGGGACCUUACCCUCCGGUCUGCCGGUAGUUUUGGAAGUUUUCAUCUGAUACGACUGCUGUACGACGAAUACAUGUUCUUUAUUAUCGAACAUAAGGUGGCUGAGGCAACACAGACAACACCUAUCGCAGUGAUGGGCGAGAAGGACAACCCUUUACACCAUCAACAUUCGCCAUCGCUUCAGCACCAAAACCAGUCGCAUCAAACUCAUCACUCAACGGAAUCCGACAUGACCAGUAUGCUAUACACAUCCGACUUUGAAGUUGUCAAUGUAAAACUGGAACCGAGUGCAAAACGUAUGCGCAGUUAGUCAAAUCUAGCCUCUACCAACAGCGAAAACAGCAGCAGCAACAGUAGUAUUGGUGGUGGAAAAGUUUUGACUGGUUAUCACUUCCAUCCAGCAGCAUUAUCCUCAUCAUCCUCAUCGUCACCGUCGAUUAACGGACGCCAUUAUCUAAAUCGGCAUUCGUCGAUCGUGCAGGUGGAAAGAGCAUCAUAUCCACAAGCGCCUUCGACGGCUACUUGGUAUUUGGCACCAUCAUUGUCUGCUUCACCAUCGUCCCAGAACAGUAAUAUCAGUGGUGGAAGCAGCAGCAGAGAAGCCGACUCAUCUGCAUUUUCCUCUUUUUACUAGUUUUACGUAAAUUUUAAAACGAUUGAAAUACUAACCGGGGCAAAUUUUACACGUUUGGCAGUUACAUAGAGUUUAAGAAGAUUUUUUAUUUAUUGACUUUUAGUUAAAUUCUUCAUGCUUCGUCUAUUUUUUUUUUCAUUUUGUUGUUAUUCCUUCAAAUGCGUUAACCCCAUUAUCCCAUCCAUAUGUACUACAGAUCUUCAAAAUAUUGUUUUAAUUGUACAUAGUUUAAUAGUACGUCUCACAAUUUACUUCAAUUAUAUCGAAGAGUUAAUAUAGAUUUAGGGUAUUUGAUGCACCAACAUUCAAAUAGUUUUGAAAAAAAAACCCAUUAAACUCAUAAAAAACUACUAAUUGUACAACUAUACAAACGAAAAAAAACUUAAAGGAACUGUCGUUUUCAAUGUUUCUGUGCCGAUAAAAAACUCAAUUUUUCUGUCAACUGAUUCACUUUAUGUACAACUACUAUUACUAUUAGAAAAUAAGAAGUUCUACUACAAGUAUUCUACAAUUAAACCUGAGAACAGUCAUUUUCACAGUUUUUAACUAACAUACACACUUACUCAUACAUACACAAACACACACGCACACACUACACCUAGCACUAAAUUAACACAGAACAAACUCACCGUUGUAGCUAAUAAGUUAAUUGAUAACAAGACAUUAACAAAGAAUUUUCGUGUAGGACUGAAUAACGAAAGAUGAAAAGAAAAACCGAAACAAGUUGAACAUGUGCAAUGUGCUAUUUAUUUCUUUUGCGCUACGAAAAGGCUCAAUAUAUUUCUAAGGAAUAAACCAAACGACAAAAUCAAAAAUAAAAUCUUAGAAGGCAUCAGUUUCCACUGCAUUGUUCACUUAUGUUGAGAAUCGAGAGAAUUCGCGAAAUUUUUUAACGUUGGUAGUGAAAAAUCGAAAAAGAAAACCAACACUCUAAGUCAGCUGAUAAAAAUAUACAAUAGUAAAAAAAGUGAAGGAAAUGGAUAAAUGUAUGUGCCUGUGGUUAAAAAUAUAAAUACAAAUCGAAUCUACUAAAAAUGAAUGAGAACCAACCAUUAUACUAUAUGACAAAGAAAAGUGGUACCAUUUUAAGAGAAAAUAAUACGUCGCGUUAUUUGCGGAUAAAAUGCUAGUCUCUUGUUCUAGUUUAGCACCAUCUGAUUAACAUUCAUCUCUGAUUAACGUUUAGUAGAAAAUAUUUCCCUACAUAGAAUAUGAGUUCAGUGUUUUUAUUUUCAAUUUCACAUUCCAAAACAGGAACUGAGAGAUAUUUUUUCGUAAUGGCUUUGCAAAAAGGGAAAACUGUUGUUCCCAUCCCUACGAAAUGUCCGGACCACAAAUCGUAUUUUGAGCUUUCCAGGAAUUGUAAAGUGAGCACUUUAGUGCUUUUUGAAAUUAAGUUCCAUUGACACACGAAUGAGCAACUAGAUUAACGAUGUAUUCGAACGAUUCAAACUAAUCGAAAACGGUUGUAUUGCAGUUUCAACUGAAAUUGAACAGGUUCCAAAUGAUCCAUUUAAUGCAGCAAAUCAGCCAGAAUAUUGAAAUUAUAUCGAUUUUUUUUUAAACAAGAACAGAACAAAUAAAAACGGAAAUUUCGCCGACGAAAGUGUCGAAAACAAAGUCUAUACAUAUAUUUAUCGUAUAUUUGUAGGGGAUAAGAGUAAAUUUUAAAAAGCCCGAAAUAAAAACUA